AUGUCGACGUCCCCGAACGACCAGCAGGAGGAGGGCCUCGAUAAGCAGUCGGUCGACGAGUUGGCAGACACCAACCAUGCUACUGAUGAGCCUGAGCCGGGUGAGCAAAUCCUUUCUCUUUCCGUCAUUACUCCGGAAAUCCCUCUUCUGUCUCCGUUUUUCUUAAACUCGAUCCCAUUCGAUGCCAACGCGUGUGCUAAUCGCGCGUCGUCAUUUUAUCGUCCUAAUCUAGGCACUUCUACCACUUCAGGCACCGUCAAGCGCGGGCGCGGCCGUCCAAAGGGCAGUAAGAACAAAAAGUCUGGCGCUUCGUCCGCUGGUCCUGAGAGUCCUACUACGCCGACUGUCCAGCGAAAGCGCGGGCGUCCGCCAAAGGAGAAGAAGGAGGAUGCAGGAGAGGAACCACCCCCGAAACGGCCAAGGGGACGGCCUCCCAAAAAUCCAAAGCCCGCGUCGGGUGAAGCGACGACGAGUGCUGCAGAGGCAGGCGAUUCCAGCGGGAAGAAGAAACGCGGUCGACCGUCGAAAAAAGGCUCCACUGCUUGA